AUGUCCACCUUAGUGGUUGCUGAGCAUAACCAGUCGCAGGUUUCAAGCGGGACACUGUCUACCGUCACUGCUGCGUCCCAAAUCGGGGGUGACAUUACGCUCUUAGUACUGGGCAGCCAGGCUGGUCCAGCUGCCGAAGCUGCUGCUAAGAUCCCAGGUGUCAAGAACGUGCUUCAUGCUGGUGACCCCAAGUACGACCACUACCUGGCUGAAGAGGUGGCGGAGCUCCUGGUUGCUGCUCAAAAAGCAGAGAACUACUCCCAUAUUCUGGCUCCAAGCUCGAAUGCUUCCAAGAACUAUCUCCCUCGAGCCGGUGCAAAGCUGGACGUGGCUCCAAUCUCGGACAUUCUGGCCGUGAUUGACAAGGACACGUUCAUUCGUCCUACUUAUGCUGGCAACGCCAUUGCUCAGAUCAAGAGCAAGGAUGCCGUGAAGCUCAUGACCGUGCGUCCAACAGGCUUUGAGAAAGCUGCAAGUGAGGGUGGCAAUGCGUCGGUAAGUCCUGCGAUGGAAGCACCAACUGUCGGCAAGACGAGCUUUGUCUCGGAGGAAGUGAACAAGUCGGAACGGCCGGAUCUCGCCUCGGCCCGCGUGAUUGUUUCGGGUGGACGUGGGUUGAAGAACGGCGAGAACUUUGAGAUGCUGUACAAGCUGGCUGAUAAACUAGGUGGUGCAGUAGGAGCGUCCCGUGCUGCGGUCGACGCUGGCUUUGUACCCAACGAGCUACAGGUCGGCCAGACUGGCAAAGUCGUGGCUCCGGAUCUAUACGUGGCUGCUGGUAUCUCGGGUGCCAUUCAGCACUUGGCUGGCAUGAAGGACAGCAAGACCAUUGUGGCGAUCAAUAAGGACGAGGAGGCGCCGAUUUUCCAGGUGGCCGACUACGGACUCGUGGACGAUCUCUUCAAGGCCGUGCCUGAACUCACGGAGAAGAUUUAA